CUUUGGCGGGCAAGCAGGCAGUUGCGAACAAAUUCGUUUAUCUUACAGCAAGGGACCAUUUUGUUUUUCAAUUUGAAACUGCCAGUGUAGAAACAUGUCUGGACGCGGAAAAGGAGGAAAAGCUAAGGCCAAGGCAAGGUCUAGGACAUCCAGAGCUGGUCUUCAGUUCCCAGUCGGACGUAUCCACCGAUUGUUGAGAAAGGGAAACUAUGCUGAACGAGUUGGAUCGGGGGCUCCCGUCUAUUUGGCGGCCGUACUCGAGUAUCUCUCGGCAGAAAUCUUGGAGUUGGCUGGCAAUGCCGCCAGGGACAACAAGAAGUCAAGAAUCAUCCCUCGACACUUGCAGCUUGCAAUCAGAAACGACGAGGAGCUGAACAAAUUGCUGAGUGGAGUGACCAUUGCACAAGGUGGUGUCCUGCCCAACAUUCAGGCAGUACUCUUACCAAAGAAGACCGAGCAGAAAGCUCCAAAAUCAUAAAGUUUGGACUCACUUGUUGGCCCGGCCCACUUGUUCAUAAAAAACGGUUUUUUUAAAAACCACCACGAAAACUGAUUUGGUGUACCUGCUUGUCACACACACGAAAGGCACAUUCUUUGUAAAGGCUAUCGAUGUACACAUAUAUCCAUCUAGUUACAUUUUAUGUCAAAUGGCAAUCGAUUUUCACAUAUCUAAUAUCUGAUAAUUAGGAUUGUAGGCUACAUUCGAUUGGGAGUAGCUAGUGUUUGGCUGACAUGACAUUCGAUGUUUUCAUGCUGCUUCUCGAGGGCUGUGCACCAUUGAGACUACUUUCAUAGCCUGAAAUAAUGAUAUGCGGCCUAAUAAGGAAUACAUGCAUCAAGAGAAUGAGAAACAACAUUCAACAGCAAAUAACUAACUUUGCUUUAAAAUGAAAUAACUAUGGUUUACUAUUUGGCUAUUUCAAGUUGGUGAUCAGAUGGUCUUUCUUUUUCUUUAUACUUUCCCGUGUGCAAGUGCUAUUUGUUUAUCCUAGGGAGUACAGAAAUACAGUAAAGCUAUAUAGUUUCAGUUUCGUUUUGAAAAAGCAUCUCUGGAAGGAAUUACAAUAUCUUUAUAACGCCUUUGCAUUCUUAUACUAUCUAUCAUUCAGUCUUCUAAACAAAGUUGACAUUUCGAAUUCUUGCUGUCUGCCUACGAAUUAACUGACCUAUCUUUGUGUUCAAAAAAUUGGACAUGUACUUCCUCAACCGGGAUAUAUAGAUAGAUAUUAACUGCAUGUUCUUUCGUGAAUGGUAUUAAAGGGUCUUGAUUUCAAAACGGUUGAGUUAAAAUGAGCUAAGAAAAGUUUCAAUUAAGACCCCCUAUGAUCGUGUUAAUCGUGUGUUGUCACAAGGUUUAAAACAUUGGGUAACAUUGGCAUUUAUGGUAGCUUUUAAAAAAGCUGUUUGUGUUGUUGAAGAAGGCGAGCCACUCCAGUCGUUCGUCCAGUAAACAGGACGACGCAACUUAACCGCCAAAUCCGUACAAUGUUCGGCCUUGUCUCUUCAAAGCGUAGACGACAUCCAUGGCGGUGACAGUCUUUCGCUUGGCAUGUUCUGUGUACGUGACUGCAUCACGAAUGACGUUCUCGAGGAAAACCUUGAGAACACCUCGUGUCUCUUCGUAAAUGAGACCAGAGAUUCUCUUUACUCCUCCACGACGAGCCAAUCGGCGAAUGGCUGGCUUGGUGA